AUGACCGCACGCAUUCUCGUCGUCGACGACAACCAGCUCAAUCUGGACCUCCUGAACGCGCGCCUGACGAUGGAGUAUUACGAGGUGCUGACGGCGAUGAACGGCGCCGAGGCGCUGGACACGCUCGAGCGCGAGAACAUCGACAUCGUCCUCCUGGACGUCAUGAUGCCCGGCAUUGACGGGUUCGAGGUCUGCCAGCGGAUCAAGGCCAAUCCGGCGACGAUGGACAUUCCGGUCGUCAUGGUCACCGCGCUCGACCAGAUGGAAGACCGGGUGCGCGGCCUUCAGGCUGGCGCCGACGAUUUUCUGACCAAGCCGGUCAACGAGAUGCAGCUUCUGGCUCGCGUCAAGAGCCUGGUGCGCCUGAAGAUGCUGACCGACGAGCUGCGCCUGCGCGCGCACACAACGCGCGACAUCGCGAUCGAGGAACUGCUGCGCAAUCAGGGCAAGGCCGGCCACGAGCCUGCCGAGGUGUUGCUGAUUGACGAGCGCAUCUCGGUCUUCGAGCGGUUUUCCGGAAUCAUGCGCGGUGCGGCCCGGCUGCACCAUGUCAACGACCCCAAGGCGGGUGUUCAGGCGGCCGCCGAAGGACGGUUCGACUGCGCAAUCAUAUCCGCCGACUUUUCCGAUUUCGAUCCGCUGCGCGUCAUUUCCCAGCUUCGCUCGCUUGACCGGACACGCUUCCUGCCGAUCAUCCUGUCCAGCGAUAUAGAGAACGACACGCUGAUUGCCCGCGCGCUCGAACUGGGCGUCAACGAUUAUGUGGUCCGGCCGGUCGAUCCCAACGAGUUCGUCGCGCGCCUGAAGACGCAGGUGCGCCGCAAGGCCUAUCAUGACGGGCUGCGGUCCAACGUCGCCGAAUCGAUUGAACUGGCGGUCACCGACGGUCUGACCGGCCUGCACAAUCGCCGCUAUCUUGACACCCACCUGGAAACGCUCGUGGAACGGGCGCACAAGCGCGGCCGCGCUUUGUCGCUUCUGAUCACCGACAUCGACCAUUUCAAGGCGGUCAACGACACCCAUGGCCAUGACGGGGGCGAUGAGGUGCUGCGCGAGUUCGCGCGCCGGCUGCGCAACCAGGUGCGCGGCAUGGAUCUGGUGUGCCGCUAUGGCGGCGAGGAGUUCGUCAUCGUCAUGCCGGACACGCCGGCGCUGAUGGCCGCCGAGAUCGCCGAGCGGCUGCGGUUCGACAUCGCGGAUACGCCAUUCGGGCUGGGCGAGGGCUGCAUGGAAAUCGCGGUGACGGCAUCGCUCGGGGUCGCGACGCUCGACAGCGAUGCCGGCGAAACCGCGGCGAACCUGAUCAAGAAGGCCGACACCGCGCUCUACGAGGCCAAGGCCGGCGGCCGCAACCGGGUCGUGGCCAAGGCCGCCUGA